GUCGGAGGCGCUCGGCCCGCCGCUCCCCCGCGCCUCGCGCCCGCCCGGGGCCGCAGACGGCCAGCAGCGCAGCCCAGCCGAGCCUCGCGGGGCCGCUCCAGCCCAAGGACCCCGGGCCUGCGACCCCCGCGGCCCGCAACCCCCCCUCCCAGGACCCCCAGGAGGACGCGCCGCGCUCCGCUCCCCUCUGCUGCUGCGCGCGUUCCAGGGCUCUGGAGGUCACGGGCACAAUGCUUUGGGUCCUGGUGGGGGCCGUCCUCCCUGUCCUGUUGCUGGCCGCCCCACCACCCAUCAACAAGCUGGCCCUAUUUCCGGACAAGAGUGCCUGGUGUGAGGCCAAGAACAUCACGCAGAUUGUGGGCCACAGCGGCUGUGAGGCCAAGUCCAUACAGAACAGGGCGUGCCUGGGACAAUGCUUCAGUUACAGCGUCCCCAACACCUUUCCGCAGUCCACAGAGUCCCUGGUGCACUGUGACUCCUGCAUGCCCGCCCAGUCCAUGUGGGAGAUUGUGACCCUGGAGUGCCCCGGCCAUGAGGAGGUGCCCAGGGUGGAUAAGCUGGUGGAGAAGAUUGUACAUUGCAGCUGUCAGGCCUGCGGCAAGGAGCCCAGUCACGAGGGCCUGAGUGUCUACGUGCAGGGCGAAGACGGGCCGGGUGCCCAGUCGGGACCCCACCCCCACCCCCAUCUGGGUGGCCAGACCCCUGAGCCUGAAGAACCUCCCGGAGCCCCCCAGGUGGAGGAAGAAGGGGCUGAGGACUGAGGGCCCCCAACUCUUCCUCCCCUCUUGUCCCCUGUGGAAUGUUGGGUCCCACCCUCCAGGGAAGAGGAAGGGGAGAGGCGGAAGCCCCCCCCACCCCUUUGGCACUGGAUGGACUUGGAAUGCUGCCCGGUUGCCAUGGAGAUCUGAAGGGAGGGGCUGGAGCCAAGCUGCACGAUUUAAUAUAUGCAAGAUGGAGAGGGGUGGGGGGAGGAGGCAGUCAUCCUCGGGACUUUUUCUUUGGAAGGUGAAGUGUGGUCUUUCCUUUCUGCCUGCUAGAGAGGAGCCCUUGGGAUGGAGAAGAAGUGGGCUGGGCUGCUGUGGAUGCGUGAGACCCUCAUAGAGGGCAGGCCCAGGCCAGGACCCACACAACUGAUGGGGCAGGAUCCCUAGGGAUGGGUAGAGGGUGGGUACCAGACAGCAUCCUCCUUGCAGGAGGGUUUGGUCUGGGGAGACUGCUGGCGGAAGCCGGAAGCUCCAGCCUCACAGGUUUCUCUAAGGGCCUCCCUCACUCCCCACCUCCAGGGAAGCAACUCCUUAAAUGGGGCAGCGUAGGAGUCAGGCUGGGGCAGGGCCCUGCUGGCUAUCACUGAAGAAAGAACAUCCCUCCUGCCUCUAGAAGCAGGGAUCUUUGCUCUCUGCUCCUCAUGUCCUAGAGCCUUCGGGAAGCAGCCUCAGCCAGCCCCGCUGUCUCUGGGGCGGGUCUUUCUGAAUGAGGUGAUGGUUUAUUUCCGUCACCUGGGACCAUAGUGGACAGGAGGCCCCUGCAUAGGGCCCCUGCUGAUCUUCUCGGCUUUCUCUAGCUCCCUAUUCUACCCGCUCCUCCUUCCCAGCUGCACUUUAACCCUAGGGCGGAGCAGGUGGUGAGGAAGGGCCCUCUGUCCCCUUAUCGGGGGACAGGCUGGCAUCUUUGUGUCCAGGGGGUUGCCAGCUCACCCCCUGCCCAGGGGUGACCCAGCCCGUGGAUGUCUGACGAGAGCCUUAGAGCUUGUAACCUGUAGCCAUUUCCCCGAACCCCAGUGUUCUCAUGAAUAAAUGCCUUCAGUGCCUA